AUAUGCUACAAAUGACUCGUACAUUCUCGUACCAUACUACCUUGAUCCAACUAUACCAGCUCACACUCUAGUUAUAAACAGAAAUACCGGUUCUUUAGUGCUUAGCGAUCGUGAAUCAUUGGUUCCAAAUUCUAAUACUGAGGCUCUGACAAUAUUUGGUAUUUUUGGUGUUAUAAAACUAUUAUCUGGUGAAUAUCUUAUCGUAAUCACUGGUCGAGAACGUAUCGGAAGGUUAGGAAAACACGAUAUUUUCCAGGCGGAUCAGUUCCGAAUUCUUCCUUUCGCAAAAAAUAAUUUCCGUCUAUCUGGACAACAGGCGCAAGAUGAGAAGCGUUAUUUAUCACUUGUUGAAAGUUUGCUUAAAUCUGGUGCCUAUUAUUUUUCAUAUACGUAUGAUUUGACACACUCUUUACAAAGACAAGCACAAUUAGGUGACUUAGGCUCGAAACCUUUGUGGCAAAGGGCUGAUGACAGGUUUUUCUGGAAUCGUUACUUGCAAUCUAAAUUGAUUAACUUUACAGUUAACAAUCCUGAUCAGGAUUUAAGCGAUUUCAUCCUUCCUGUGAUAUUUGGAUUCGUUUCAAUUAGUAAUGCAAGAAUAAAUAAUAGAGACAUUAUAUUUUCUCUAAUCUCUCGUAGAAGCAGGCAUCGUGCAGGAACGCGUUUUUUUUCGCGUGGUAUCGAUGAUGAAGGAAAUGUAUCUAACUUUAAUGAAACUGAGCAGUUAGUAUUGUUGGAUCCUCCUAGAGAUGGCCGUAUUAUUACUUCACUUGAGGGAAAAAUUAAGUUAUCUUAUGUUCAGACGCGUGGAUCAGUCCCAGUUUGUUGGGCACAAAUCACCAAUAUAAAGUAUACACCAAGAUUGCAAAUUAUGGAUUCACCAAAUAAGAACGAGGCAGUUCGCCGACACUUUGAUGAGCAAACUAAAAUAUAUGGGAAACAAAUCCUAGUCCACCUUGCUAAUAAGACGGGUUAUGAAUAUCCGAUGGGAGAAGCUUAUGAGAAGGCAGUUAAGCAAUUAGAUGAUCCUAGACUAAAUUUUUAUCAUUUUGACUUUCAUCAUGAAUGUCGAAAAAUGCAAUGGGAUAGAAUUCAAAUUUUAAUUGACUCUAUUGAAGAAGAAUUGAUACAACAAAGUUAUUUUCAUAGUGAAGAAUCGGAAAAUAAUAAUGUUGUUUACAAGAGUCAAACAUCAGUAGUUCGUACUAACUGCAUGGAUUGCCUUGAUCGUACGAACGUUGUACAAUCUGCUUUGGCUAAAUGGAUGCUAACUCAACAAUUGCGAAGCGUUGGUGUGCUGAGCAACAAAGAACGAAUCGAAGAAAUUGGUGAUUUCAUGGAAAGAUUUAGAAAUGUCUGGGCAGAUAAUGCUGAUGCUAUUAGUUUGCCAUAUUCUGGAUCGGGUGCAAUGAAAACCGAUUAUACUAGAACCGGUAAGAGGACCAAGCAAGGAGCUGCCAUGGACUUACAAAGUGCCAUUACGCGUUAUUUUAUGAACAACUUUAUGGAUGGAUCACGACAGGAUGCAUACGAUCUAUUAUUGGGCAAUUAUGAAGUUGAACUUGGCGUAUCACCAUUCAUCGAUAAUAGGUCGUUUCAAGUUAAAAUAAUUCCUCAAAUACUAGUAGCAUGUAUUAUUUUCUUUUUAUUUUUAUACAUGAUUCCAAAAUCUGAAUUUGCUUACUUAAUACGUCUCAUCAUGGUUAUCGAUUUUAUUGCUAUUACGUUCCUUAUUCGCUACAUUGUGGUACAUGGAACUGAUUUUGUAAAUUGGCCUUGUCUUGUACCUCCGAGUUAUCGACAUUAUCAAUGGAAUAAUGCAACGUCUCACCAAAAAAUAAGAAAAACAAGACGGCAUAGUGAUUCAGAGCAUGGCGAAAAGAUUGAUUAA